UCCUCCAAUCAUCACAUCAUCUACUCAAUACCUUUCCGCACAUUGUUCAUCAUCAGUUGCAAUUCUAGCUAGCGAUAUGGGUAUGCAAAUGCAAUACAGGGGAACGAUCAUGAUCGUGGCUUCCAUUCUUCUGGCGACGACGGCGGUGCUAGCCUCUUCAGCGACGAUUCAAUCCGCCGUUACUAAUACUAACGUGACCAGGCCGGGAGCAACACCACCAGUGCCAUUGCCGAGGUGCAGAAGGGGGACGAUGGAGCCAAAAGUGGCGGCGAAAUGCUGGAUAGCGAUACUCGAGGUCCCCUUGUGCGUGUUUCAGAUCGUGAAGGCGUUCGAAGGCGGAUCGGUGUUCAGCAUCGGCAAGGCCUGCUGCCACGCCUUCAUCGACCUCACCGACGACUGCAAGAUCGAGGUCUUCCAGAAGUCCGAGUUCUUCCCGGCCAUCGAGAAGUUCUGUGCGGCCAUCGGCGGCGGCGUCGCCAAUACGACUACUACUACUACUACUGCGGCCGGUCUCGGCAACAAAGCUCCAUCUCCUCGUUCGGCUUGAUGAUCAUAUGUAAUUUUCUUUUGUUCACGCCUAAACUAAGUGUGGAAAGAAAGGAAGUAGCUAAUUUCGAUAUUGUAUGCCCCCAUUGUAAAAUAAUUAUAAAUGGAUUUCUCUUACUUUUUUCUCUAUCCGUUAGCUUGUUAAAAAUGUUAUUUGAAAAAAAAAAAGCGGCCGAAAUCUGUGAUGGUAUCUCUUUAGAAUCUAUGAAAAAUGACCCUGAAAAAAUCAGUCCAAAUCAGUGCCUAAUAGACUUACUCAUUGAUAAAUAAAAAAUAGCCUCAGACCGAAUCCAUGUUCCGUACCCAUCAAAAUCCAAGAAAAACGAACUUUCGAAAAAAUCGCUCAAAUAGAUAAUUAUUAGACUUCAUCAUAGUUGGAGAAUAGCCUCCGGGAAAAAAAUUAUUAACCAUCGAUGGAGAUUAGCCUCAAACUGAAUAUGUGAUUUGUAGCCUUCAAAAUCUAAAGAAAUUCGGUUUUGAAAAAACCGUCGAAAAUGUGAUGGUACCCCUUUGGAAUGUGCCAAAAAUGGACCCGAAUUUUUUUUGUUCAAAUUAGUGCUUAAUAGACAUAAUCAACAGUGAAGAAUAGUCUUAGGACAAAUUCAUUAUCUGUAGCCUUCAAAAUACAAGAAAAUUUGCAUUACAAAAAAUAUCCCAAAAAAGUUACGAAAUGCCCUAAGAAAAUAUGCUCAAGUCGAUGAUUAAUAGACUUUACCAUCGGUGCAGAAUAACAUCAAGCCGAAUUCGUGAUACGUAGCCUUCAAAAUCAAUAGAAAAUUAUCUUUCGAAAAAAUCACAAGAAAUAUGUGAUAGUACCCCUUUGGAAUCUGUCGAAAAUGGCUCCUGAAAAAAUCCACGCAUAUUGAUGCUUAAUAGACUUAAUCAUCGGUGAAGAAUAGCCUCGGGCCGAAUCCGUGAUCUGUAGCCUUCAAAAUCUAAGGAAAAUGGUCUUUCGAUAAAAUCGCUCAAAAUCUGUGGUAAUCCUUUGAAAUCUGCCAAAAAUGAACCCGGAGAUAUAAUCCACCGAUAUCGGUGCUUAGUAGACUUAAUUAUUGGUGAAGAAUAGCCUUUGGCCGAAUUCGUGAUCUUUAGUCUUCAAAAUCUAAGAAAAAUGACAUUUAGAAAAAAUUGUCCAAAAUAUGUGAUGAUACUCUUUUGGAAUCUACCAUUGUAAAAGCAAUGAAACAAAAGAAUGCAGGCGGAGACAACCAAAGUAAACGACGGCCUAUUGUCUCAUUUGGGCUGAACAACCAACUAUAUUAAGCUAAAAUAGCAACACGCCCUCGGCCAAAGAAAAAUUUGGUUUCCACUUCCCAUACUAUCCCUCCGUAAAUCACUCUGAAGGCAGGACUUUUUGAAUGAGGUUGACAACUUUAGUUUUCUGCUGUUAAUUAUAGUGUAGAUUUCAAUUAAUCCUAUUGUUUUUCGGCGAAGAAAAUAUGGUGUUUGAACACAAUGAAUGCACCUUUGACUUUUUGAACAACGAUAAUUACACGGUUCACUCCUCUCCGAACAAUGUUCGAACGAGGGUGUUUGAUGUUUUUGAUGGUUUUUUGGGAACAAGCUAAGUUACGUUACUCUACUCCUAUGGAGGUUCAGCGAGAGCUCCAAAAAACUAAAAGGUAAGUUGCAGAGAAAAGAUAAAUUUUGACAUUGUGC